AUGGACGGGGCUAUCCCAGGGAUGCAGGGAAUUGCGGAUAUGCAGGGGAUGAAUGGUAUAGGGGAUAUGGGAGGCGCCAUGGCUCUCGAUGAAGUCGACUUAUUCGGAGACCCAGUCAUGGAGAACGCCCUGGUAGGACUGCCUGCCCGUCCACUUCCGAGCAAGAAGCUCCUGCAACGUUUGGACGAGCUUCGGACACGCGGGUGUUGUCAAGGCAUCGCUUGGUCUCGCCACGGCACCAUCGCGUCCAUCACGAAGGACGGGGCCUCGAUAGAGUGCCGCUUCAUCCGCUGCAACCCGGAGACCACCGAAUGGGAACUAAGUGAGCCAAGCUCCUGGUCACCUCCACCACCAACGGCAGCGCCACCAUCCGGCCCGAAUUCUCUGGCAUCGGCCAGCGCUCCCUUUGUCCACUUGGCAUGGAGCCCCGCCGUGAGCCCUGACCUGGCCGUUGUGGAUGCUCUUGGGCGCCUCAUUAUCCUCAGCUUCUCCAUAUCAAACAACCAACCCUAUCCUGUCCGCCGUUGGGAAACCGACAAUGCCGACGACCUUCAUGCGGUUGUUGGCUGUUACUGGCUCCCACAGGGAACGGCGCAAGGGAAACAGUUCCAAAUUAUCCAUGGUCCGGCAAUCAAGCACCAGAUUGAGUAUCGUUAUGAACAUCAACUCUACCCGGCUUUCGGGCCGUGGCACCCGAAUGCGUCGAAGAGCGCGUUUCUCUGUGUCACAACAAACGGGAUCUUGAAGCUCUUCUUUACGCAGAAUAACGGCCGGCCCGAGGAGACGGCGCUUGAACUUGAAAGCGUAACAUCUUCAGAUGAUUUAAUUACUCACGCUUCUCUAUGCUCGGAUAAGAACACGCUCCUCAUCGCCAUCGCCACUGCGUCCAAGCAAUUGCGGAUAGUCAGGGUAGGGAUCCAUUGGGGACUGCCCCAAGCUGACAACAAACAAAUGCCGACUCAAAGCUUGCCCUUACGGCCAUCUCUACGAGAGUCACAUGUGGCCGUCACGAGCUGGGCCCAACACGGCCCAGAUACUUCUCCUUUAGAGGCUUACGCAUCCCAGCUCUCGCACAUCGAAAUUCUCCCUUCGGCUCCUAUUAGCCCGGGCCAACAACCUAUGGCGCCCCCCAUGAUUUUGGCGGUGCGCUCAUACAUUCCGCAAGAGGCUACAUCAUACCCGCAAGAGAGCCAGAGCAUCAUUGAUCGCUGGGAAGUUGUUAGUGAUCAGCAACAGGCUCUCCACCCGGCCUUUGAGCAGUUAGGCUCUAAGAAUGGUGCCACAUCCACUCCGCCUACCACAACGCGGUUACGCAAACUAAACCCAAUUAUCUUGCCGAAAGUGAUCGUAUCUGUUUCUACGACUCAGUAUGGUAGAGUCCUUUGUUUCGCUUUUAGCGACGGCACCAUCCAAUUCCGGGAUCGCUUCACCAUAGAUGAGAUAUACCAUGAACCCAACAGCGAUAGCAUCAUCCACCCGUCACAGGUCGGCUUUCAGUGGGCGGACAACACCCCUUGCCUCCAGGUGGCUUUCUCACCCACCAACUGCUCUUUUACACAGAUAUCUGAGGAUUUCACGAUCAAAUGGAACCGGCUGCAUUAUCCCAUGAUGGAUUUGAAUGGGGCGUUGCAAGACACCGACCUCAAAAUGAUUCGCGUUGCGUUAACCGUCGCAUUAUCUUCCAUAGUAGGACAUCAGGGGAGUCAGGGGAGCUUCGACGACGUCUUGGCAAUAGCCCGGCCGUUUGCGCAGACGCCAGACUUCGCGUCCGCCUGGGUGAAGGAAUUGGUCAACAUGCUUAAAAUUGCGGUCGACUACUCGGAAGCCGGACACCACGAUCAGUUGGUUAAGAACAUCCCCUUACAGCAAUGUCUUGGUGUGAUCAGCCAUCUCAGCUUUCGGGGCGACUUCAAACCCCGCUCGCAUAGCGGCAAAUUCGCCAUGCUCGCGUUGGGGAUCCGGAGUGUCUUCCUUGUCAUCACUGUGGCAAGCAACAGCCCGAUGCUGGGGGUGAAAGAAAAGCUAACGCCCCUAGACGAUCCGGAUGUGGUGGAUGCGGUUACGGGGUGCAUUGAAUGGGGGUUUUCCCUCCUCGCGUGGCUGACAAAUGCGCUCUUCGAGCUCGUCGAUGACCCAGACAUUGCUGCCAUGCUCGGUGACCAGAAACGUUUCUCCGAGUUGGCGAAAUACCUGGAAUCCAAGAACGACGCUUCCCUUCAGCUAUUACUUUGCUCGUCCACGCGAGGCUUUCUGUCGGGGCUCUGCCGUCGUUUGCAACAUAUUGAGCAGGUCAGCACCCGCGCGGCUCAGUAUUCCGAGUUGCGGAUCCAGCAGCAGCAACAACAAGACGCUGCUGCAGUUGCUGGGGGAGUACCCACUCGCGCUCCUCACCCGGCCCUCUCCGAAGCUUACCAACGAAUGGAGCGCGUAGUUGCCUCAGCGCUGGUGAAAGUACCCGAGUUUGAGCGGCUGCUAGCUGAAUUAAGCAGCGACAUCCAGUCUGCUUACCACAAGACCUUCUCCGGUAUCCCCCUGGCCAAGGUGAAGCCCCAGCAGGGUACCAUGACGGACCAGCAACAGCAACAGCUAAACGAGCAGUUUGCCAAGAAAGCACAGGCGCAUUGCGAGCUGGAUAUGGUGCUGGGUAGGAAUCCACCACCAUGCUUCCGGGAGAUAGUCUUGAAGCUAUUCACGGUCACGCUCCCGGCGUUUCGGAACCAGACGGACCCCGCCAAGCUGUACUUUGCGAAGCACAAAUUACUCGAGGUGGACGAUAACCCCACCAUCUUAGCUAGGAAAAAAGCGGCGGGGCAAUAUGUCGACGUGUUCAAGCGGGUGGAAAUUGUUGUCAACCCGCGGUCGAAGCAGACACUCAACACUUGGGACGAGGGCUUAUUUCCCGAUGAUGAUCUCACUACCUCCGCGAAGCUGGGUUCUAUCAUCAACAACCACACCAGCAGCAACAGUAAUGGCGUGAAGCCUGCGCUCGGCAGUGGCGUGAGCGAGGAGCACGGGAUGGGAAGCUACCGGACAGCGAUUACUGGGACUUGGACGGGAAUCGGGGAUGCCAGCCGCCCGCAGUGGCGUCGGUGUGUGCGUUGCGCGUCGGUGGUGGGGGACAUGUUCACUAGCAAGCCCGGGUAUCACUUUGUGCUUUCGCAGCAGAGGAAGUGUGUUUGCGGAGCGAGUUGGGGGACGGUGCCACGGGGGACAUGA